UUUUCCAACCCAGAAACGAUUAACGGUGAUGGAUUCAUUUACGGACGUCCUGUGAACUUUUGAGACGCUCCCUUCUCCUCAACACGUCUCACCUUUCUCCUUUCACCCGUGCAUUGUUGUACGCCGCCCGGCAAAGGUAGAAACAAUGCCGACGUACAAGCUGACUUACUUUAACGUCCGCGGUCGUGGGGAGUUGAUCAGACUGCUAUUUGCUGCAGGUGGAAUCCCAUAUGAAGACGUCAGGAUUGAAUGGGACAAAUGGCCGGAACUCAAGUCAAAGACACCGAUGGGGCAAGUACCUACACUGGAGGUUGACGGUCAGCUCAUGAUCUGUCAGAGUAUGGCGAUCGCUCGCUUCGUGGCCAGGGAAGCAGGUUUGCUGGGAAAGACGUCCGUAGACCAGGCCCGUGCAGACAUGCUGCUAGACGGCGGCAUGGAUCUGGGUAAACUGUUCACUGAGAUGGUCAUGGAGAAAGAUGCAAGCAAAAAGGCGGAAAAGAAGAAAGAGUUCGGUGAAAAGUCUCUGCCUCCAUUCCUCGCUCUGUACGAAGGGUUUGCAGGGGGAAAUGGAUACUUCGUCGGAGACUCGCUGACCUGGGCUGACAUCGCGUUCUUCAAUAUGAUGGACUUCAUCACGGCUGAGUACCCUAGCGCUUUAGAUGGGUACUGCAACCUCAACAAAGUCGUUGAUAACGUCAAGACCAACCCUGGUGUCGCGAAAUGGCUAAAGGAACGUCCAGUGACAGACCACUAGUAUAUUGAGAUGGCCAUACGAACGCCCUGCACUUCUGCUCUGUCAAUAUGUAUUUACUUGUUGGUAAAUUAAAACGGAGUUUAGAACUGUACGGUAAAGAUGCAACAUUUCUCCAAAUAAAUGGCUUAAGUGCAUCUCUG